AUGGACGCAUUCUUCACCAUCGCACCCCCCGUCCCCGCCGACGCCACGGAGACUGUCGAGGACAUCCUCGUCGACGCCGAGUCCGUCGGAAGCAGCGGAAAUCACGGCAGCUGCGUCAUUGCCUGA